AUGGAACCAGAGGAGAAUAGCACGUGCGAGCCUUGCAAAACUUUUGGGCAAAAGUGCAGUCAUGUCGUGAAGAAACAAAGAGCCAAGUUUUAUAUUAUUCGCCGUUGUAUCGCUAUGUUAGUCUGCUGGCGCGACAACAACAACAGCGACCGCAACAACCGCGACCGCAACGCCUCUUGA